CAACUGUAUGCCGCCCAGCUUGCCAGCAUGCAGGUCUCUCCUGGAGCCAAGAUGCCGCCACUCCCCCAGCCUCCCAACAACAGUGGACCCAUCUCCCCCUCCGGCCUGAAGAACGACAAGAGAUCCUCCAGCCCUGUCACUCAAGUCAAGGAGGAGGGAACGCAGCCUCUCAACCUGUCCGCCCGGCCCAAGACGGCAGAGCUGGUCAAGUCCCCCACGUCCCCCACACACAGCCUGUUCACAGGCAGCAAGACCAGCCCCAACAGCCUGUCCAAGAGUGGCAUCCCCAGUCCCCUCGGAGGCAUGGGCCGUGGGUCUUCUCUGGACAUCCUGUCCAGCCUGAACUCCACAGCGCUGUUCGGGGACCAGGAUGCGGUGAUGAAGGCCAUCCAGGAGGCCAGGAAGAUGAGAGAACAGAUCCAGAGAGAGCAGCUGCAGCACCACCAGCAGGGCAUGGAGGCCAAGCUCUCUGCCCUCACAGGCAUCGGCCUCAACAACUGCAACAGGGCUGACAAGGAGCGGGCACACUUUGAGAGCCUUGGUCACCAUCUUAGCAAACUGGGAGAGGAUGGCAAAAUUGGCCACAGAGUCAUCGACCUCACCAGGCCAGAGGAUCUGGAUGGGUGGAAAGCUCUGAAUGGCUCUGGUACCGGAGCAGAUAAACCACAACAGUAUUAUUGUUGGCCUACAGGAGGUGCCAGCACAGCCGAGGCACGGGUCUACAGAGAAGCCCGGGGGAGGAACAGCAACGAGCCCCACAUCAAGAGACCCAUGAACGCCUUCAUGGUGUGGGCCAAAGAUGAGCGCCGCAAGAUCCUCCAAGCCUUCCCAGACAUGCACAACUCCAACAUCAGCAAGAUCCUGGGCUCUCGCUGGAAGUCUAUGACCAACCAGGAGAAGCAGCCGUUCUAUGAGGAACAGGCCCGUCUCAGUAAGAUCCACCUGGAGAAGUACCCCAACUACAAGUACAAGCCCCGGCCCAAGAGGACCUGCAUCAUCGAUGGGAAGAAGCUCCGCAUCGGCGAGUACAAGCAGAUGAUGCGCUCGCGACGACAAGAGAUGAGGCAGUUCUUCACUGUGGGGCAACAACCGCAAAUCCCCAUCAGCACCAACGCCGGCGUGGUCUACCCUGGGGCCAUAACCAUGGCAACGACCACACCCUCCCCUCACAUGACGUCGGAGUGCUCCAGCGCCUCAGCAAGCCCGGAGCCGGCCAUUCCCGUCAUCCAGAGCACCUACAACAUGAAGAUAGAGCCCAGUGCCAUGUUAACCAACGUCCCCAUCAUCAACGGAGAGGUAGAUGAGAUGGACAUGUACGAGGACUUUGACGAGGAGCCCAAAUCGGACUACAGCAGUGAGACUGAGACACUGGAGCCCAUCGUCAGCGCCAACUGAGGCCUCUCAACACCUGAGCCGGGACAUACACACAUUCGUACUGGAGAACCAUCCCCAGGGCGGAAGACUGACUGAAGGAGGAGAAACAGAAGAACAAAAAAAUACAGAACAAAAAUAAAUGGUUCUGUUGAUUUAUCAUUUAGGAGCCUGCAUGCAUAUGUGGCUCCGUCAGAAUCAACAGCUAAAGGUCUUAAAUGUUUCUUACAGUGUGUGAAGCAGUUUGGUUUAGUUCGUUUUGUUUUUUGUUUUUUUAUUAUCUCAUCGUUUAUUUUUUGUGUUUUCUUCAUGGACAUUUACACAAUUAGGUUUUUGCCUAUACAACUUUGGAUGACAGGACUUGAAAUGUAACGUUUGAUAUGAAUCCAUAAUUCUUACAGUCUUACUUUUUUUCUUAUGGUAUACAUAUUUUUUUUUUUCUCUUCAGUUAAAUGCUUUUAAUAGAUUUCAUUACUGUUUUUGAUGGGAGUUAUAUAUUCUCACUCAGGUAUGCUGUGCCAGCCAACAGCUUGUGAAUGUUUUAAAUCUGAAUUUAUUUGAAACUAUUUAGAAAACAAAAUAUUUGGAAAUUCAUAUUAACUAAAAACAAACAAACAGAACAAUUCCACAAUUCUGAGACAUAAUCAAACUCUCUUAUUAUUAAUUGUAUUAGUAUUAUUAUUAUUAUAAUUAUUAUUGGUAUUAUUAACAUACUGUACAAUUUUGUGCAGAUGUGCCAAACAUUUCAAGGGUUCUUUCUCUUAAAUAAUUUGUUUGAGUCUCGAGGGAGAGACUCGAGUCUUAAACAAUCUCUUAAUAUCUUAGUGCGGCUUCAAAAUCCAGUUUCUUUAUAUACCUUCUAUAUUGAAACACUCAGGAAUCUGGAGACAGUGUGCUGUGUCUAGGGCAGGAACAGGAAGUGAUGCAAUAGCUUCAGGUGUGGUUGUUCAUAAUGGCAGCUGUUCUCCAUGGAGACCAAUGCGGUGACCAACAGGCCCUUCUCUCCCUGUCCCUCCAGCUCAUGUCACCAGCCCAGUCUAAAACAGAGCACUAUAACACUCCCCUCACACUCUCUGCUCAUUCUUCAACUCAGUCUUACCAAGUUCUUAAUCAGAGUGAUUGUAAUCAGGCCAGAAUUCCAAGGGGCCAAAGGCAUCCAAUCUGUGGGAUUGGAAAGGCAAUGAAAGGCAGCUUUGGGGGCAUUAUAAUCACAAAUUGCUGUUUUACAAUGUGUAGCUACAGUACAUUUGGUUGAACACUUUAGCCCCUACUGGGGCACUGGGGCAAGUUUUAAAGUCUUUGGUCUUAACAUUUUUUUAUGUUAAAUCUGAAGUAUUUUUUCGACAUUGUAAAUCUUAAAUUGACACGGGAAGGUCUUAAAGCAGAGUUAACUACUGCAGCAGUCUUAAGAGAUGAGGCAGUGUGUGAGGGAAUAACAUCGUGCUUUUAUUAAAGGAGGGCUACAGACAAGGUAUUACAUUCUAACGAGUCAUAUUAAACACAACAGUAUUUCAUUCAUAAGCCACACCAGAUCUGUGAUGGUGAUUCUCUACAUUCAUGCACUUAGAUAUUAACACUUACUACUUCAUUUUUCAACUAAGUUCAUAUUUUAUAUUGAACAAAGUUUGUGUUGUUUUAUAAUGACCAGUUGCCUAUUUUACAUAAAGUUAAACUUAAAUAUUUUAGAGCAAUUGAAAAUGCACUUCUGUAUUUUAUUUACAUACAGACAAUGAAUAUGACAUAUAACACAAUCAAUCAGCUCUUAAUGUUGUGACAAUCAGUCACAAACUGAAAGUCCUUUACCUCUUGAAUGGUUCUUUUACUAGUUGAACAGAUCCCAGGUUGUUACCUAUGGAGAAACAGCUAGAGAUGGCCAGCAGUCAAGGCCUUACUGUCCAUAAUGUAGCCCUCCUACAGGCCAGAAGGACUAAGUACCUCCCUCUCUGCCCUGCCCCUGCCCUGUCUCGACCCCUUCCCAUGGCAACCCCCACACCCAGGGGGUGCCAUCUGGCUCAGUGGCAGG